AUGGAAUUAUUUAGUGUCUUUCUGAUGGUAAUCCUUAUUGUGUUUAUCGCCACACUUAUUCGAUUGAUGCGUCAAACUGGAUUUCAAAUUAAUGAAAACAACUCACUCUCCCAAAUGCUAACCGAUAAGUGCAUUGUUUGUCAGAAACACGAAGCAAAUCGAGUAAAUGAUCAAAAUGAUAAAAUAAGAAACAGAAAAGAGAAGCAAAACCUGGAAGUGAAGUUUAUAGGAAGCCUAAAUGAGACUGAUUCAGAGACAAUGGAAGAGGUACAGAAUAGUAGUGGAACUGAAUACGAAGAGGAAGAGAGAGAAAGUGAGAAGGAGAGUGAAUACGAUUGUGGAGAAGACGCUGAGGAGGUGUUUGUGGAACACGAGCGACAAGAGAGAGAACUGGAGGAGCUGGAAGUGUUGAGGGUCCGCCACAAGAACGCUGGGAGGAGAUCGGUGGAGCGAAAGCGUGGAGGGUUGGAGGGGUUGCAUGAGGAAUGGUGUGACAUUGAAGUAACCUCAAGUACUCCCCACUAUCAUACAGGCUAUGGGGUCGGUGUCAAACCUUUCCGACCAGAGUAUUAAUACUUGUGUACGUUAAGUUUCAAAUGAAUAAAUUUUCCCCUCAAAACUCUUAAAAUAAAUGUACCAGUACCUGCGUAACUCACAAGGGAACGACAGCUGCAGUUCGUACAUCUGAAACUCCGCUUUAAACACGGGUGAAACCAUAAAGUGCAUUGUAAAUAAAAAUUAGUCUCAUUUCACAAAUUUCACUGUUGGUGUUUCAGUGUCAGAAAAUAAUAAAAAAACUAUAUUAUGU